AAGAAAUUUGCUGUAGAAAAGUUUCAAUUAAUUAUGGAGAACUAAAAUGAACUGAUAGAAUUAAUAUAAAUUAUGAGGAGUUCCAAUUGCUGUAUUUUGAUCGACAUAAAUAGUCAUUUAGUGAUUGAAAUGAAUCAAAUAUAAUAAAAUCAUACAUGCCAGAGAAAGCAUUUACAAGAUAUAAUAAGAGUUCUUCCAUGAUAAAUACAAUAAACAGUGAUUAUCAUCAUGAAUCACAAUGCAAAAAUGUAGCUGUUUUAUGACUAUAAUAAACAUUGAUAGACUAUUAUUAUUAUUAUUACUGUGUUAGUAAAGCACAUCACUUAAGUUACACUGUUUAGAUCCUAUCACAAAAGUCGAAAGUUUUCUGGAGUUUGAAUUAGUAUCAAUUUUGGUAAAGAGGAAGUGAGUUAAGUUUACUUUCACAUUAAAGGUAGAGUAAACAUUAAAGAAAACACAAAAUUCAAGUCAAAAUUGAAGAGAGAAUCUGGGUAAUAUGCGUGCAUCAAAGGAAAGCCAAAAACCUAUGAUGAUGAGAAGAAAAAGUCCUGGGAGAGGAGAUGAUAGCUCCACAGCUCUGGCUAUGAAAAAAAAAUCAGGAAACAAUCUAAAGGACUCGUCAGCUAACCGAGCCAGUAAUGCUAAUAAUCCAGUAGCUACAGCCAAAGACGUUUACACAUGCAAUACGUGUAAACAGCCUAUUGAAGGAGUGGUGAUUGAAGCACUGGGCCAGACAUGGCAUCGCGACCACUUCACAUGCACCGACUGCAAGCAACCGAUCACAGCAAACAAAUUCAAUGUUUAUGAAGGCAAGCCGUACUGUGAGGAGGACUAUGCCAUACGAUUCCUUAAGAAGUGCGCCAGUUGCAAACAACCGAUAACUGAUGUGGUAAUUUCAGCUCUGAACCAAAACUGGCACAGAAACCACUUCCUAUGCAACUCAUGCGGAAUCGUCCUGUCCAACUCAGGAUUUUUUGAAAAAGACAAUAGUCCCUACUGCCAACUGUGCUACGAGAAAAAGUUCAUGCCUAAAUGUCAGGAAUGCCAACAGCCUAUAAUUGACACAGCUCUGAUGGCAUUGGGAGAGAAAUGGCACCAGUCUUGCUUCAAAUGUCAACUUUGUGCCAAACCGAUAACAAAUUCAACAUUCGAAGUGCUGCACAAUCGACCCAUGUGCUCAGUCUGCUCUAGUCACAAUAAUAAUUGAACGACCAUAAUUUACAAGUGAAAUACAAUUCAUGUGUGUUAAACAAAUUAUAAACAACAUUUAGAUGUAUGUGAAAACAUAAUCAUGAAUAAAAUUUAUGUCUGCAUUUGUAGAACUGAA